AUGAGCUCAAUCCAAGAAGAACAGAAGCCAAAAAGCAGCGAGCAGACCUCAUCGACCAGAAGCAGUUCAAGCAGCUUUUCUGACGUGCAGCCCGAGGUCUCCACGGAACAGAAGAUCAGCGCUCGGAACUUCUUUGCCCAAAAGGCCGAGAACGAGGCUCCAGAAGAGGUAGACGACGGAUUUGUCCGUGUCGGCCGCAACCGCACUAACACCGCGGACACCAACAUCUACAUGACUGGUCGAGGCGGAGAACGACGUCCUUCGUUUGUCCUCACCUUCAACAACGACAGCGAGCUGCAACUCCAGGACGACGUCGUUGACCAAGACCGCGACCGCAGACGCCGUCAGUGGAACGAUUUUGUCCCCACGUCAUCUUACGGCAACCGAAGAGCUUUCAAUUUCCCCUCUUUCAUGUAA